UUUUUUCCAUUUGCAUUUACGUUAGCGGUCGCCUCAAUCUUAGCAAAUAUUUUCAGAUAAUUAAUUUACGAAAUACCUUAUAAUAUAUCGAAUACUGUGAUUUGAAUUUUUUUCCUAUUGCUUUUAAAUUUAUUUUAGAAAAAAUCUGCUGUCAUUCGCUUUUAUUGGGAAAUAAUAAAACUUUGAAGUGAUACGAUUAGUGAAUUAUAAGCUUCGAUUCCUUUUCUCUAGGAAUUUCUGUACGGACAAUUCAUUUGUAAAAAUGGCACUAAAAUUCGCAGCUAACCUCAGCUUUAUGUUUACUGAGUGCCCUAAUUUACUUAGCCGUUACCAAUUAGCCAAGGAAGCUGGGUUUCAUGCAGUGGAAAGUGGAUUUCCUUUUGGUUACACUGUUCAGCAGGUUCAAAAUGCAAAAAGAAAUGCAGAUAUUGAGCAAGUCCUGAUAAAUGUUUUUACUGGAGAUGUCACUAAAGGUGAAAUGGGUUUCGCUGCUAUUCCUGGUGAUGAAGCGAAAUUUAAAAAUAGUAUUGAACUUACUAUCGAUUAUGCUAAGGCAUUAAAUUGCAAAAAAAUUCAUGUGAUGGCAGGAAUCGUUGAAAACCCUACGGCAGAAAACGAUACAGUCUACGAGUCAAAUUUACGUUUUGCAGUUGAAAAAUUUAAAGAAGAAGGAAUUAUUGGUAUCAUUGAGCCUAUCAAUAAAUACGCGCGUUCAAAUUAUUAUUUGAACUGUUUUGAUAAAGGUAUUGAAAUUGUAAAGAAAAUUAAUAGCCCACAUUUAAAAUUAAUGUGUGAUAUUUUUCAUCUGCAACACAUCCAAGGAAAUAUUACAAAUUUUAUGAAAGACAAUUUGCAGUAUAUUGGACACAUACAAAUUGCACAAGUUCCCAAUAGGAAUGAGCCCGAUACGAUGGGGGAGUUAGAUUAUAAAUAUAUUUUUUCAUUAAUAAAAGAAAUUGGGUACAAUGGUCACAUUGGUUUAGAAUACAAACCCAAGACAACAACAAUGGAAGGAUUGAAGUGGGUUAAAAAUUUUGGUGAAAAUUUAUAAAAAAAAAAAAAAAAAACGUUUUAUUUUAUCAAUAAAUAUUUUAUAAAAUUAUAACUUUUUAUGAGAAUUAAAUAAUCUAAUACAAAUAACAAUUAAAAAAAUCAUUUCAGUUGUUUUUUUUAAUUUAUACAUUUUUGAUUAAUUGGAAAUAAUGAA